AUGAAAGAAAUCAUAUGUCUACAUGUUGGUCAAGCUGGUUGUCAAAUAGGUCAUGCUUGUUGGGAAUUAUUUUGUCUUGAACAUGGUAUUCAACCUGAUGGAACUUUAUUAUCAUUGAAUUGUUCAAUAAAUAAAUCUGAUCAAUCAAUAUUAACAUUUUUUGAAGAUAUUGGAUAUAAAUAUACACCACGAAUGCUUUAUAUUGAUUUAGAAACAACUGUUCUUGAUGAAGUACGUACUGGUACAUAUAGACAAUUAUUUCAUCCUGAUAGAAUUAUAUCUGGUAAAGAAGAUGCUGCAUCAAAUUAUGCUCGAGGUUAUUUUACUAUUGGAAAAGAACUUAUUAAUCAUGUACUUGAUCAAAUACGUCGUAUUGCUAAUCAAUGUCAUUCAUUACAAGGAUUUAUUAUUUUUCAUAGUUUUGGUGGUGGUACUGGUUCUGGUUUUACAUCUCUUCUAAUGGAAAAUUUAAAUAUUGAUUAUUCAAAAAAAACACAUAUUGAAUUUGCUAUUUUUCCAUCACCAAAAUUAUCAACUAUAAUUACUGAACCAUAUAAUACAAUAUUAAAUACUCAUAUUGGUUUAGAAUAUGCUGAUUGUGUAUUUAUUGUUGAUAAUGAAGCUUUAUGGGAUAUUUGUACAAAUUUACUUAAUAUAAAACAAGCAAAUUUUAUUAAUAUUAAUCGUCUUAUAUCUCAAGUUAUAUCAAAUAUAACAGCUGGUAGUCGUUUUAAAGAUGGAAAUACAAUAGAUUUUAUUGAAUUUCAAACAAAUCUUGUACCAUUUCCACGUAUUCAUUUUCCUUUAGUUAGUUAUGCACCUAUAUAUUCAAUUGAAAAAUCUUAUCAUGAACAAAAUGAUACACAAACAUUAACACAAGAUUUAUUUCAUAGAAAUAAUCAAAUGGUUAAAGUUGAACCAUCAAGAGGAAAAUAUAUGUCUAUUGCAAUUAUAUAUCGAGGUUCAAUAUCACCAAUAGAUAUUAAUCAUACAAUUAAUAAAUUAAAAAAUGAUAGAAAAAUUUCAUUUGUUGAUUGGUGUCCUAAUGGAUUCAAAAUUGGUUACACUACAAAUCCACCAAUAUAUGUUCCUGGUGGUGAUCUUGCACCAGUUAAAUAUUCUGCUGUUAGUUUAGCAAAUUCAACAGCUUUAGUUGAUGCAUGGGCUCGAAUAAAUUAUAAAUUUGAUCUUAUGUAUUCAAAACGAGCUUUUGUUCAUUGGUAUAUUAGUGAAGGAAUGGAAGAAAAUGAAUUUAAUGAAGCUCGAGAAAAUUUAGCUGCUCUUGAACAAGAUUAUAUUGAAGCAGGACAUGAUUCAAUACGAUUGAAUUCACUUCGAUCUAGUCUAUUAAAUCAAGAAUGA